ACCUGACGAAGUUUGGACCCCUGUCGAAGUAUGGCCCCCUCCCGUUACAUCCAGCCGCUGUGAUGUUUCCAACUGCAGUACUACUCCAUUCCGCUACGCGUCUCUAAUGAACGGUCCAUUUUCAGGAAGUUAACAUUUGCGGGCAACGGCUAAAUAUUUCCUUCCCUAAAGGUGUCCCAUGCUAUUGUUAAACAGGCUAAGUUUAGAGUAGUUUUACACAUACUUUCAUCUGAAAGAAAAAGAACGUCUAAACCCAACAAUGCCCCGUUCCAGAACAACUUUUUCGAUGGUUCGAACCUGACAACGGUUCUAUAAACAUGUAAACAGUGUAGAAAACACUCUCGUGGAGACCGCACGUGUUUUUGAUCGGCUCCCGGUUUACGUGAAGUUUUCACGCUAAAACGUCGGAAAUCACAAGUUUUCUGGUGUGGAAAAUGCGUGUUAUAGGACAACAGGCGGUGUACAGCGCUCAGUGGGGGAAAGAUACCGCCAUGUCGGGGAAAGGUUUGACCAAACGGCUACAAUCUCUUCACAGAGAAGAGCGAGAGCAGAACGAAGGACAGUCAGGAUCGGACCGUUCUCUGCCACAGCCUAAAGUACCCGUCGGAACUCUUCAAAGUCCCGUUCAGUACAAGAUGAACACUGUACUGAAGCCUACACUGACCACAGACCACAGUGAGCGGAGAAGAGCCCCGUCCCCUCGGCUGUGGAGUGACGCGGACUCCGAGGGCUCCUCAGACGACGAGCGGUGUCCCAGCCGGGGCAGACAGCGUCUCAAGACGUCUCACCGCCACAAGACGUCUUCACAAGAAACGUCUUCGCCUUCUCCGGCAGCUCACGGAGUCUCCGCUGUCCAGUCGUCCCGUCGGGAGAAAAGACGGCGGUCUCCUCCUCACGGUGUGGUUAAACAGCGCCGCCUGGCGUCCUCUGCACACCCUACAGGGACAUCUACGGACACACCCACAGUCGAUGUGAAGCUCAGUACAGCUGCAGCUACGGAGAUAGGUUCUGUCACAGUCGAGGGUUCAGCUAAGAAGGCCACCGACCCUACAGGAGGCUUGGUGUCGUACCAAAAUGAACCGACAGAGUGCGCUGCUGUACGCUACAUGCUGAAAGCACACCGAACUAUCCAGGCUUCCUGCCGAAAUGCUGGAAAAGUUUCUGGUUCCAAACAGGAACACCAAAAAGUACCACCGUCCGUCCCAUCAGCUGGUCAGCCCAAACAACAUGCUGAGAUGGUACGCCCCGAUCAUGACGGCAGCGCUGGCAGCGUACACCCAGGUUACUCGGAGGCUUGUUCUGCGGGGGUACGUCCUGGGUACGACACUGGUCCUGUGAGAGUACGCCCUGGUGACGACACUGGUCCUGUGAGAGUACGCCCUGGUGACGACACUGGUCCUGUGAGAGUACGCCCUGGACAUGGCGGCAGAGCUGAUAGGGUACACCCUGGUUAUGGCGCUGGUCCUGUGAGGGUGCGUCCUGGUGAUGACGCUGGUCCUGUGAGAGUACGCCCUGGUGAUGACGCUGGUCCUGUGAGGGUACGCCCUGGUGACGACACUGGUCCUGUGAGGGUACGCCCUGGUGAUGACGCUGGUCCUGUGAGAGUACGCCCUGGACAUGGCGGCAGAGCUGAUAGGGUACGGCCUGGUUAUGGCGCUGGUCCUGUGAGGGUACGCCCUGGUGACGACACUGGUCCUGUGAGGGUACGCCCUGGUGAUGACGCUGGUCCUGUGAGAGUACGCCCUGGACAUGGCGGCAGAGCUGAUAGGGUACGCCCUGGUGAUGACGCUGGUCCUGUGAGAGUACGCCCUGGACAUGGCGGCAGAGCUGAUAGGGUACGGCCUGGUGACGACACUGGUUCUGUGAGGGUACGGCCUGGUCAUGACGGCAGAGCUAAUAGGGUACUCCCUGGUGAUGACGCUGAUCCUGUGAGAGUACGCCCUGGGUACGACGCUGGUCCUGUGAGAGUACGCCCUGGACAUGACGGCAUCUGGAGCGGCCAUGAUGAAGGCUUCUGGCACCAGCCGGCAUAUCGGAUCAACUCCGCGCUAUUCCCCGGUAGCCAACAGGUCCAGACUGUUCAGUCGCGCCCUCCAGCGGUGAAGACAGGUGCUGCAGCAUCCCAUGAUGCACCAAAUGGUGUCCGGACGGCCAGCCAGUGUAACUAUCGUUGCCAUGGUAACGGCUACAGGCACGCAUCGACAUCUCGACCAAACCAGCUUUUAUCCAGUGACGUCAAACAGACGAUCCCGUCAUGUGCUCCACGGACGGAGAAGAGUGGUCAGCCAAUCAGGACAGCUUCGUGUUCCACAAGGCCUGAUGGGAAACAUCCCAACAUUCAUGUGGGUGGUCAUGGUGACCAAAGGAUGACGUCACAACGUCCGACACUGACGUCACGACCUACACCUUUGGAGGUUCUACAGAAAAUCAGAGCCUCAAAGAUGGCCGUACCCAAAGCCAGUCACGUUACCAACACCGAGACAUCCACACGUCAACACUCCGUGUGGUCCAGCGACUCAGAGUCCGAGUCAUCAGAUGACGACUCGUGUUGGUGUCUGGAGUGCUUCAAAUGUCGCAUCAUGGGAACUCAUGUUCCUCACGAGGACAAGUUUGCUGUGACACAACAUGGCGGUGACAAGAAGACGCAGUCAUCGUUUGAACAUGGACGUGACAGUGUCGGUAGUUCCUCCAGUCUUCAGUUCGUCAAUGCUAACGACAGCUCACGCCAUGGUGACAAGAGAACUGAGAGCUCCAAGCGUGUCUGUUGUAGCUCGGACACCAGUUCAGACGGAUGGAAACGUAUCAAGCUGUCAGGACAGAGCAGUGAGAUGACGUCACAUGUCCGAUGUCUGUCAAACCGCAGUGAGAUGACGUCACACACCAGCUGUGUACCCAGCAACAGUGAGAUGACGUUAGACGCCAGCUGUAUGUGCAGAAACAGUGAGAUGACGUCACACGCCAGCUGUGUACCCAGCAACAGUGAGAUGACGUCAGACGCCAGCUGUAUGUGCAGAAACAGUGAGAUGACGUCACACGUCAGCUGUCCGCCCAACAGCACCGAUGUCACGUACAACCUCGGACAUAGGGGUAGUGGACAUUGGCAAGGAUCCUACAGACACGCAUGCGCACAGACGACAGAACAGCGUGUUUCUGAGAGCAGAUGUCUUGCAUGAGAAAGACAAUCGUGUGACCUUUGUGGAAACCACCUUGUUAAUCUCCAGGAAUGAUAGCCUAUUCGCCAUUACAUUCGACCAACCGAAUUACUACUAAUGGUUACCAUCUGAAUCUCCAAACCUCUAGAAUUAUUGAAUAUAAAAAGAAGGAAGCAAAAGAGUUUCUGUGUGUGCGUGGACGAAAUCUUGAGAGUAAUGUACUUUUAAUAACUGUCCUGUACUGGACACAACUAUUCGUUUCAUGGGUAAAACGGUCUCAAUAGAAUUAUGUAGUCUUCACAAACGGAAAUUGAUUUUAUUUGAUUGUUUUCACCUACAAGCACCAGUUGUAAAGUAUACUGGAUGAAGGACAGACAUACUUGGAGCACGUAAGCUGAUGUUAUAAAUAUUGAUGUCGACAUGAUGCUGAAAAUGAAAUGAACCUAUUAAAAUUAUUACGGUCGUUUGUCUACA